AUGGAUCUAACACUGGUGAACCUAAUUCACCCAGAAUCUGUAAAACCUCUUAUGAAAAUGAUAUCAAUGAGGUCAGGAAAAAAUGGUACCCAAGGAUUCUUUCAAGUCCCAAUCUUCGAAGGCGAGCAUUAUGAAUACUGGAGCAUCCAAAUGCAAACUUUCUUCAUCUCCUUAGAUCUUUGGGAUGUCAUUGACGAUGAGGAGUACGAAGAACCAUCCGAAGACAAUGAAGAUUACGAAAAAUUGCAAAAAGAAUUUAAAAGAAAAGAUGCAAUGGCUCUCCGCUAUAUUCAACAAGGAGUCGGGAAAUCAAUUUUCCCUCGUAUCUUUGGUGUUAAAAAAGCCAAAGAUGCUUGGGAAAUAUUGAUGCAAGAAUUUCAAGAAACGGAGAAAACGAUCGCGUUGAAACUUCAAUCCUUAUGGAGAGACUUUGAUAAUCUCCAAAUGGAAGAACGAGAAUCGGUUCGUGUUUUUUCUUCACGAGUAGCCGAGACAGUAAAUCAAAUCAAAAGCUGUGGUGACACAAUUACAGAUAAAAGAGUCGUGGAAAAAAUGUUAAGAUGCCUUCCUCCAAAGUUUGACCAUGUUGCAGCCGCAAUUGAAGAAUCGAAAGACUUGUCCAAAAUGACCAUUUAUGAGUUAACCGGGUCACUUCUUGCCCAUGAGCAAAGGAUCAAUCGUUCGAGUAACCAAUCCACUACCGAACAAGCUUUCCAAUCAAAGCAAACAUCAAAAGGAGGAUCGAACAACUAUGGAGAACACAACAGAGGCUCAAAUCAAACAAAACAAAAAGAUAGCUAUUGGAAGAAGGGUGACAAGCAAAGCAAAUGGAAAGGCAAGCAAACACAAAUUUCUGGUGGUAACAAUCCAACUUGCAUAAUUUGCAAAAAAAUGAAUCAUGAAUCAAAGGAGUGCUACUUUAGAUGCAAAAGGUGCAAGAUCCCCAAUCAUUCUCAAAGGGAUUGUUGGUUUCAAAAUAAAGAGAUGACAGAAAGAAAAAGUGCAGCAAACUUUUCUCAAGAGAAUGAAAAGGAAAUUCUGUUUUAUUCUCAAAAUUAUGAAAAUGGAGCUCAAAGCCCUUGGUAUUUGGAUAGCGGUUGUAGCAAUCACAUGACGGGGAAUCGCGACAUCUUUGUGGACCUUAAUCCAAAUAUUACUUCACAAGUAAUUCUUGGCGAUGGAACAUGUAGAGAUGCGGUAGGAAAAGGCACCAUUGCUGUCCAAAUUAAAGAAGGUAACAAGAAACUCAUCACAGAUGUUCUUUAUGUUCCCAAUCUUUCUCAUAAUCUCCUAAGUGUUGGACAACUUAUUCAAAGUGACUUCUCUGUCCACUUUGAUGAUGGUGCAUGCAAGAUAUGGUCAUCUUCAUGA